CCCCUAGCACCCUUGCUUUCCUCCGGCUCUGGCACCCCUAGGGUCCUCGUUCCUCUUCGUCCUAUGCACCUUUGGAAACCGCUUGGGGAGUUAACCCCGCGUGGCCCCUCCAGGCUUUGCACACCUCCGGGACUUGUCCCCGUGCAGCCCGCGACCUCAGGUGCCCCUCAGCCAUCCUCCCCUCUCCGCGUAGGAAUCCGUGGGCAAGGAGUCAGGCCACCCACCUCUGAGCCUCUUCUCGGUUUCUCCGCAGAUUUUAAGAGUAAUCUUCACAAAGUGUACCAGGCCAUAGAGGAGGCGGACUUCUUCGCCAUCGAUGGGGAGUUUUCAGGAAUCAGCGAUGGACCCUCAGUCACUGCAUUAACAAACGGUUUUGACACUCCAGAAGAGAGGUAUCAGAAGCUUAAGAAGCAUUCCAUGGACUUUUUGCUGUUUCAGUUUGGCCUUUGCACUUUUAAGUAUGACCACACAGAUUCAAAGUAUGUAACGAAGUCAUUUAACUUCUAUGUUUUCCCAAAACCCUUCAGUAGAUCCUCACCAGAUGUCAAAUUUGUUUGUCAGAGCUCCAGCAUUGACUUUCUCGCCAGCCAAGGAUUUGAUUUCAAUAAAGUUUUCCGGAAUGGAAUUCCGUAUUUAAAUCAGGAAGAAGAAAGACAGCUGAGAGAGCAGUAUGAUGAAAAACGUUCGCAGGCCAAUGGGGCAGGAGCUCUGGCCUAUGUAUCUCCAAACACUUCAAAAUGUCCUGUGACAAUUCCUGAAGAUCAGAAGUUGUUUAUUGACCAAGUGGUAGCGAAAAUAGAAGAUUUAUUACAAAGUGAAGAAAAUAAGAACUUGGAUUUAGAGCCGUGUACUGGGUUCCAAAGAAAGCUAAUUUAUCAGACUUUGAGCUGGAAAUAUCCUAAAGGGAUUCAUGUUGAGACUUUAGAAACUGAAAAGAAGGAGCGAUACAUAGUUAUCAGCAAGGUGGAUGAAGAAGAACGCAAAAGAAGAGAGCAGCAGAAGCAUGCCAAGGAGCAGGAGGAGCUGAAUGAUGCUGUGGGAUUUUCAAGAGUCAUUCAUGCCAUUGCUAAGUCUGUAAGUGAACCAGAUUUUCUGCUUUGAGCUAGAUUGUGGAACAUAACAUUUAAGGUGAAGUACUUAAUUAUUGUUGCAAAUUAAUCAUCACAUUUAGAAUGUUUACCUACUAUGGAGGAAGAAGCUGGAAUUUAUAUAUAAAGCUAGUUUGUGAGAAAUCACAAUUGCUGAAUUACAUCCAAACUCUUUUUUCAGAAAGCCUUUCUUAUAACAGUGCAAUCCAAUAGUAUAUUGUCUUCCUUAUGUGGCUACCUGAAACUAAUGAUUACUAUUCUCAAAACCAGUAAGAAGAAAGUAUGGAAUAAGAGGAAAAACUAUCAGAUGUUUGACUGAAGGUAUUUUCUUCCCUAAGUAGAGGAUUCAAGAGGCUAAAAAUAAUUGUUUAUGUUUUCUUCUGCAUUGCUGUAAUUCCACCUUACAUCUGAUAGCCUUAACAGUAUUUGAUGUUUGGCUCUUUGUGUAAAUGUGCCAAACAAUUCUGUGAUGGACAUUUGUCUCUGUGUCCUUUCUGAAAAUUGCCACCACACUUUGCAUACACGUCAUUCUCCUGGCUGUUUUAGUCUGCUUGCUUGGAGGCUAAGUUGCAUGGAGUCUAAAGCUUUCUUUUGUAUGGGAAGUUGGCCCUGGGAGAAGGAGUCAUCUUGUCCCUUAGAUGCUGAGCUUUGUACCAGGGAAGCAUUAAGGCAGUGGAGACCCUCUCAGACUGUCACACUGACUCAUGACCAGGUACACGUAUGGAAACAUAGGUGCACUGGAGAGAAGGCACACUGCUGUACUCAUUUGGGGAAUAAACACAAGUUCUAUAACCUUGUGAAAGAAGAGG